AUGCAUCACAGUCGCAGAAAGUCAGGCAACACCUCCAUGACGGAGAAGACCGUUACCGCCACUGAUCCCUCCCGCUAUGGCAAGCGCCCAACAACACUCUCCCGACGCCAAACACCCGUCACCGCGCAAAAGCCGGGCAAGAGCCACAGGGACCGCGAACGCGAAUGGCAGGACUCGUGGGACGAUGACCGUGAAAGCUUCCCUCAGUUUUGCUCCGUCCUGUUCUACGCAAUGAUCUUCUAUGGCUCGCUGCAGACGGUUUCCCUUUGGGAGUGCUGCAGUGUCACGAAGGACGCGCAGCUCGGGGCGUCACCCAUUACCCCGUCUUCCGAGAAGCCUCUCAAGCCCAUAUUGUCUUUCAUGACUACCACAAACACACCCACUGACUGGUUGUGUUCUAGCAUGACGUGCGAAAAGCAAUUCGUGCCCCAAGACGUCAAGACGCUGUACUGCUCAGAAGCGUGCCGCCUCCACGAUCAGCAGAGCGCAUCAAUCGGCAGGAGUCACAGCCAGGUGCACCAGAGUCACUACCCUUUCUACGCUGCAGGCAACCCCGAACCGAGAGACAUCGUCCCCCGCGCCUCGCCAUCGAGGCCCAACUCGAUGCACUUCUCCCCGCCCACGACACCAGGUGCCACCAGCGGUGCUCAGUACUCGUCUGCCAUCUCCGCCCUGAGGUCUCUCAGCAUCCGCCCUCCCAGCCCGCCAUCCCCCACAUCCUCGCACCCUAGCAGCUUGUGGCCCUUCACCAAGAGCAGCACCGCCAGCCCCAGCUCCUCCUACAACCGCAGCGGCAACGGAUUCUUCCCCGCGACCUACGACGGUGGUUACGCUUCCACCGGUUACGCCUACAACUACAGCUCCAGCGGCAUGGAUCGGCCGCUGCCGACGCGGAGACCCACUGGCCCGGGCUACUCGAGGCCGAAAAGUAUCGAAUUGGUGACACCCAUGGUCGGUCGCUAA